AUGACAACAAAGGAUAUGAAAGUUCAAAUUUCAUCAAGAAAUGAAGUGAUGCAAGGUAGUGGAGUAAUGGAGUAUAAUGGAUCACAUUCACAAGGUGGUCUUUUGAGACAACCUAGUAUGAACAAGAACAACUGUUUAUGCUCUCCAACAACACAUGCUGGUUCAUUUAGGUGUAGACUUCAUCGCACACCUAGCCUCACAAGGACAAAAAGUAUGGAGUCAUCAUCAUCAUCUUCUCAUGAUCAAGCCUCUUUGAUUCAUGCUUCUGUUGUUGUUGCUAAUGGUGAUGCCAACAAGAACUAG